GGGGGCGGGAGUGCCGGGUUUCGGGUUUUCGCCGGGGUAGAGUCUUCGGGUUUUGGGGGUCAUGUUGAGGUUUUGCCCGCACAGGGGCGGGCCUGGGGGAUCGGGGUUUGUCGGGCUAGAGCCUUCGGGUCGGGGUUUUUUGCCAAAAAAUUCGUCGGGGAUUCGGGGGACGGAGUGCUACCCUAUGUUAAAUUAUUGGUUUGAAAAGUCAAAAUUUAAAUUUCUAAAUUUUUUAUUUUCAAAAUGUCAAAUUUUCGAAAUGUCCAAAUUUGAAAAUGGCCCAAAACGUCCAAACCUUUAAAAAUGUCCAAACUCUUUAAAAUCGCUUUGUUUUUAAAUAAAUUUUCCCCUAUAAAUUUAAGUAAUGAUCUUCAUAAAAUGGCAUUAUUAUCAGAAAAUCGUGAUGAAUUGUCAAUAAAUAUAGAUGAAAGAAUUGUUGGGUUUAAACAAAGAAUUUUGGAUUUGGAAGAAGCAUUAAAAGAAUCUGUUGAAUGUACAACAGAAAAAGAGAAGGUUUUGAAUGAACAGAAAAAAUUAAUUGAAAAAUUGAAUGAACAGAUUGGAAAAAUUUUUGAAUCUGGUGGAGGAGGAGGAAAUACUUUAAUAAAUCAGCAACAACAAAAUGAUCAAUUGGAAAAAACUCAAAAAUUGUUGGAAGAGGAAAAACAAUUGAGGCAACGACAAAUAUCGUCUCUUAGAAAAGAAUUUGGAAUGGCAUUAAUUGCAGAAAAAGAAUCAGCAAUAAAUUUAAUAUUAAAUUCAUGCCCUUCAAUAGAUUUAAUACCUGGAUUGAGAGAAAAAUUGGAAAUUUUACAAAAACAAAAAGAAGCAAUUAAACAUUCUCUGUUAAUUAUUGAUGAACAACAGCAAAAACAACAAAAUUUUGUUGUUGAUGGAAAAAUUGGAAAUUUACAUCAGAAAAAGGUUUUUAUUUUUUUGAGGGGUAAUGGGGGAUGUUUGGAAAAGGAAGGGCUUAAAAAAUUUUUUUCUAAAGGGAAAAGACGUAUCAAAGGCGUAUGUACUAGGACAUAUCCUCUUUAUUUUUAUCCAUAAUUAUUCUAAAAAAUUUUUGGAAUUUUUUUUGUUUGAUAUUUUUUAGUUGUGGGACAAAAUGUCUCAUUUUUUGGCCAUAACCUUAACAUUUUUUCAAAAAUUUCGAAAUUUUUAGCUCAGAUAGACACCCUCUACCAGGUUUUACACCUGGGAUAUCCAGAUUGAAGAUCUCGAAUAACCAAAUUCUUUGGAUCUAGAUCCGCCAACUUCUCUCCACCCAACUAAUACUAUCACAUUCUGCCCCUC